GCCGCCAUCUUGUUCUCUCUCAAUCCAGUGUGCAACACAGAAAACAACAUGUCUGACCAGGAACAAAAAGCCGAAGGAAGUGCUGAAAGCGGUAGCGGUGGCGGUUCAACAUCGACUAGUGAAUACAUCAAGUUGAAAGUCAUGGGCCAGGAUAACAGCGAGAUUCAUUUCAAAGUAAAAAUGACAACCCAGAUGAGGAAAUUAAAAGAGUCAUACUGCCAAAGACUGGGUGUUCCUAUGAAUUCACUUCGAUUUCUUUUUGACGGACAGAGGAUAAACGAUGAUAUGACACCAAAAGAGCUUGAAAUGGAAACUGAUGACGUGAUUGAAGUUUACCAAGAACAAACGGGGGGUUCACACUAGAAUUACAAAUUACAAUGUAUCAUAUCGUGUUUUGUUAUCAACGUCAGAAAUGUAUUACAUGCUUCACAUCAAUUGUGUCUGGGUCAUUCUCCUUCAACUUGGCCAUUUUAUUUAUUGGUCAACUUUAAAAUAUAUAAGCCAGCAUUCUGCAGUUAUUUUAUAAACUAGCAACAACAAAUUCUCUUGUGGUUAUAUUCUAAAAAAAAAUGUCUCAAACAAAUAGUGGCCCAGAUAGAAUAAUAAUAAACUGUGAGAAUGGUAUUUUGUAGACAAAAAAAUUAUAGUUGAAUGAGAGGGGGGGGCAUAGCUCAGUAUAACCUUUAUUUACUCGUCAUUUGGAAUAAUCACUGUAUGGGUUAUACCAUUUGUAGAAAUAAAAGGUGAUCAGGAGAUGAACCUAUACAUAUAAGGUGGUGUAGCAGAUAGAUUUACAGUUUUAAUAUUUGAAUCAUUGUAUACGAUUCUGAUUAACGAUCACUAACUAUAGACUAUGCGUUAGCAAACAUUAUACAUGUGCCUCGUUUACAUGAUAUUUUUAUCAUCAUGGUUGACCUGAUUGUUAUAGGGCAGAGAUUGUUACCAGAGGGGAUUUUUAAUAGGCAAAAUGUGAUGUAAUUUCAGUCAUUCUGUACAUUUGUGUUUUCCGUACAAUAUUGUGUUUUUGUCAACCAGUUUUUUUUUGUGGCAUCAUCAAUUUAAAUAAAGUUGAAAAUCUUUUUACCCCUGGCA